AUGCCUCCCUGUGCCUCCCCGGAGCCACCCAGGCUCAAGACGCUCAUCGCUGUGUGCCAGGUCACGUCCACGCCUGACAAGGAGCUGAACUUCACCGCCUGUGCGGGGCUGGUGAGGGAGGCGGCGCAGCGCGGCGCCUGCCUCGUCUUCCUCCCCGAGGGCUUUGACUACAUCGGCUCCAACACCGCGGAGACCCUCAGCCUCGCUGAGAGCCUGGAUGGCGAUCUCCUGGGGCGCUACGCUGGGCUGGCCAGGGACUGCGGCGUGUGGCUGUCCCUGGGCGGGUUCCACGAGCGAGGCCGGGACUGGCCGACCACGCAGCGCAUUUACAACUGCCACGUGCUGUUGGACCCUGCAGGCUGCCGUGUGGCUGCAUAUAGGAAGACCCACUUGUGUGAUGUGGAGCUGGAGGGACGCGUGUCCAUGAAGGAGAGCAGCUUCACCAACCCCGGCCCCGAGAUCGUGCCCCCGGUCAGCACGCCGGCAGGGAAGCUUGGCCUCUCCAUCUGCUACGACCUGCGUUUCCCCGAGAUCUCGCUGGCGCUGCGGCAGGCUGGGGCCGAGAUCCUCACCUACCCCUCGGCCUUCACCGUCACCACAGGCUCCGCACACUGGGAGGUGCUGCUGCGGGCCCGGGCUAUCGAGAGCCAGUGCUACGUGGUGGCAGCUGCCCAGACAGGCAAGAACCAUGAGCGCCGGACGUCCUACGGCCACUCGUUGGUGGUGGAUCCCUGGGGCACUGUGGUGGCCCAGUGCCAGGAGGGCCCAGGGUUGUGCUAUGCUGAGAUCGAUCUGGAUUACCUGCACCGCGUCCGCCGGGAGAUCCCGGUGCACAGCCACCGCCGGCCCGACCUCUACGGCACUGUGGCAGUAGGCACAGGGCCAGCACCCUGAGGCGCUGCCCGUCCUGUGCACCCUCUCAGCACGGUGAUUUUGGCUGAUCUCCACUCACCUCCGGGGCCCUGGGCUGGCAGCAGGGCUCUCCUGCAUGAGAAGGCCAGUGUCA